UUAAUAAUUUUAAUAACUAAAAAGGCGGGAAGUUAAAUAUGGAGGUUCUUUUUGAGAAACCCUUACCAGUGACAGUGAAGAAAGGAGACAGAGAGGAAUGCCAAUCAAACGUAGGCAUUACAAUUCUUUUUAAUACUAUUACAAGUCCAAUCAGCAAAAAGGAAUUAAUUGUUCGUUUGACAGAUGAAAAGGAUCCAUUCUUUUUAUAUACUUUGACUAUUAAUGAGGACGACUUCCAACAGCUCAAGGCACAGCAGGGUCUUUUGGUAGAUUUUGCAACUUUUCCUCAAAAAUUUAUUGACUUACUCCAGCUGUGUUUAGGAGAAGCAGAUCAAGAAUCACCCAAGUUCAUAUUACAGCUAAUAUCAUCAAGUCCACAGGCUCUAGCUUGCUUCAAUAUAAUAGAGACAAAUCAAUUCCGUCACUUGAACCACCUGACGCUCCAAUUAGUGCCCGCCAGUGACGUCCACCUCAAGAAGUACCUCGCUGAAUGCUUAUUGAGUCUUAAAGAUCAAGUCCUUGAUUUAACUAUACAGUUAAAAGUAACUAAAUCAGAUCUCACCUCACAACUAGCCCAUUCAGAAGAGGUGCUAAAACAUCGGACGCAAGAACUGGAAAAGCUCAAAUCUGAUUGGUCGGCUCGUACUUCGUCGCUAGUGAAUGAGCACACGGCAGCUCUGACUAGCACUAAAGAGAAAGCAAUUGAAAAUAUGGUUCAAGCUCAGGAGAAGCAUGAGAGAGAGAAGAAAGAGCUGGAGACAUCCUAUAACACAAAAAUUGCUAGUCUUGAAGAAUCCCUAAAGGAAUUAGACACAGCAAAUAAAGAACUGACUGACAGGAAGUACAGAUCGGAAGCUGCCAUCAGAGAACUAAAAGCGAAACUUAAAGGGACUGAAGAGGAGCUUUCGGGUAUGAGAGAAGAACUAUCUUUAUUGAGAAAGAGUAACUCUUCGCUUGACACAAAUACACACGAAUUGAAUAAAAAUAUAAAUCAACUGCAGACCAGAGUUGCUGUGCUGGAGCAAGAGCUAAAAGACAAGGAGCAGGUGGUCCACAAGACGAACGAUUUAUUGGCUGUCGCUAACGAACAGAAGAAAGGAUUAGAUGAUCAGUUAGAACAGGCUCAGAGACAUAUAGUGAAAUUAGAUAAUACUUACAAGCAAACGGCAAAAGAAGUCACUAAAGGAAACGAGAUUAUACAAAAGUUGCAAGCAGAGCUAAAGAGCUUGAAAUUAAAAAUGAAAUCACGCAACAUUGUCACUAAUCAACAGGAGAAAUUGAUACAUGAAAAGGAGGCGGAGUUGGAGAAGGUUCGGCUAGGUAAUGAGAGAUUCUCCGAACAAUUGAAAAUGAAGGAAAGUGAGAGAGCCACAUUGGAAACUGAACUAAAACAAUUCAAAGAACAAGUGGAGGAGCUUAAGGAGACGAUUAAAAACAAUGAAAACGUGAUUAAUUGGCUUAAUAAACAAAUUAAUGAACGUGCAAUUACUGGUGUGGGUGGUGCUGGACCACGCCCACAAGAUGGAGUGUCAUCAAUACAUCCUGUACAUUCAUAUAGUGCUGGAUUUUAUCAGUCGCCUCAGUUUAGUAGUACACCAGCAAGUGGUUCAGUGACUGGUGGAGGGGAACAUAAAAUAAACCAAAAAGUUUUAUUUAAAGGUCCUCCUCUUAAAAGAGGACCAGUGCCCUCCCCUCUUUCCGCCCACUCACUAACAGCUUCGCCAUUAACCACACCUACUUUUCAAUUGACCACGCCUACCAGUAGAUCUCAAGAUCCUCAACUCGAUCGAUACUUGCCUCCAAUGGGUGGAGUCAGUCAUCAGCCACGCCUACUGACCACACCCACAAUCACUAACUCUUAAUUAUUGUUAGAGUUAUAUUAAAAAUUAUUAUUUAAUAAUCAGAAAAAA